AUGGAAGCCAAGGGUAAUGGGAGGGCUGUAGGGAGUAGCGUGAUGUCGUUAGUGACGAUGGGGCAGUCCAGACAGGCGGAAGAACGGGGCAAGCUUUCAGCAGUCCGCUGCGCACAGGAGAAAAGCGAAGGCGAGGAGAUCGGGGAGAUGGAGUCUGGCGAGGUUUUGAAGGGAGAAGGGCGGAAUAGAUGAAUCGUUAUCGGAUUGCACCGGUGGGGGAGCGAUUGAAAAGGGUGAGAGGGUGAGGGUGAGGGUGAGGAGAAGGUUGGGGUGAGGGUGAGGGCGAGUGUGUGUGGGUGUAGGUGUGGGUGGGCGGGUGUGUGUAUGUGUGUGUAUGUGUGUAUGUAGCGGGUGGAAGAGAGGAUGAGUUGCUGGACAGAAAUCCGGGAGGGGGGGACGACGACAACGGCAACGACAACGGGCAGACAGGAUAUAGGUUCGAAAGGACGAAGCGAAAUGCAGGAAUGCAAUAG